AGUUGGGCGACGGCAGCGAAACAGUUUAAAGCGUUCAGUGCUCGAGUUCGUGUGUUAAUUUCGACAAAAGUUUUAACAAAAAUAGAAAGAAAAAAAAAACAAAUAUAUAAAAUGCAGCAACAAAUUUUCGCCUGUUUGCUAAUUGCCAUGUGCCUCAUGCACAGUGCAACUGCCAUCAAAUGCUAUCAAUGCAAGUCUCUGACGGAUCCCAACUGCAGCAAAGAUACGCUCGAUGCCAAUUCGAAUAUACGCCAGGUAGACUGCGAUAGCGUGGCCAAGCCGAAUACCAUGGAGCAGCUGCAGCCUGUGACCAGGUGCAACAAGGUGGUCACCAGCGAUCGCGCCGGCGUAAUUGUCUCACGUGACUGUCACUUUGAGGUAGUUGGACAGAAGGAGAACGAGUGCACCGUAACGCACAGCCGCCAGGUGGAGAGCUGUUACACAUGCAAGGGAGAUCUGUGCAACGCAUCCUCCGCGGGACGCUACAUGGCGAUGAGCGCAGCAGCGCUGCUUGCGCUGUUCGCCGUGCAGAUGGCGCUGUGAGCUGCUUCGACAAGUUCACAAUCAGAUAAUAGAAUUCGUGUACAAAUAAUGUGAAAUGUUAUGCAUAUUGGUUUUCAAUAAACAAUAAACUUGUAGAA